CAGCUUUUCCUAACAGAGAGCUUGCUUCCUUGAUGGUUGCUACUGCCAAUGCAAAUCAGUAAGAUAAAGUGAAGUGUAUUAUGACUGUGAGAAUGAAGGCUACUGCUGGAAUUUCCCUUGCUGUGCUGUUGGAAACUUUGCUAAUUUGUUUUAAACCUUGUGUGUCACUACCUCCAAAUUUCAGUUUUAUGAGAGAGAGCCUUGGCUGCGAUGAGAUACUGGGCUCCAACAAAGUCAUGGAUAGAUGUGGUGUUUGUGGGGGUGACAACACCACAUGCAAAGUGAUAUCUGGAAUCUUCAAGCAAACCAUCAUGUCCGUGGGAUAUCACAAGAUCCUUGAGAUUCCUGAAGGAGCAACACAAAUUAAUGUCACUGAGAUGACCAAAAGCAGAAACUAUCUGGCUUUGAGAAGUCACUUUGGCCAGCCUAUCAUUAAUGGAAACUGGGCCAUCGAUAGGCCGGGCUCUUACGAGGCUGCAGGAACUUUGUUCAAGUACAAGAGGCCAAACGAGAUCAGUACCACAGCGGGGGAAUCCUUCAUUGCUGACGGGCCAACCAGUGAAAUUCUGAAUGUCUACGUGAUAUAUCAACAAGCAAACCCAAAGGUGCAUUUUGAAUAUGUUUUGCCAACUGACAAUGUAGUCAGCAGCCAUUCACUGUCACAUACAUCAGGUCACCAUCUAGAAGAAGCUCUCAAUGGUCAGUUGUCAUAUGGAGUCGACGGUGACGUGUAUGUUCUCCGCGAAAGAGAGGUGGGAAACUUUGUAAGUGGGGUCCAUGCAAAUCAGCUGCAAUCCAGAGAUUACCAGAAGAAUCCUGAAGAAAGGGUGAACUCUUGGGGAGAGGGGCCAAGGAAAAAGAGGGAGUUCAACUGGAAACAAGUUGGAAGCACAGAAUGCACCGUCACUUGCGGUACAGGGAGCCGUGUUCUCAUUUUUAAGUGUGUUAACAGGAAUACUCAUGAAGAAGUAUCAGAAAACUUGUGUGAAAUUGCAAUGAGGCCAACACCAGAGGAAGAAGCUUGCAACAUCCAGCCAUGUCCAGCAUACUGGGACCUAGGUGAAUGGUCUGAAUGCAGUAAAACAUGUGGGCCUGGGAUACAACAUCGGCAAAUUCUUUGCAGACAGGUCUACGCCAAUCGAACGACUAGUGUUCAACCUGAGAGAUGCCGGCACCUGGAAAGACCUGAAACUACAGCGACUUGCCAGUUGAAAAUCUGCAGUGAAUGGCACAUCAGGACAGAGUGGAGCGAGUGCUCAGUGCCUUGUGGUGUGGGGCAGAGACUCCGGGAUGUGAAGUGCAUUGACAACCUCGGCGACAUCGUUGAUGAUGAAGAAUGCAACAUGAAGCUGAAACCUGCCGAUACCGAAAAUUGUGACAUGGGCCCAUGUGCAAAGAGUUGGUUCCACACAGACUGGAGUCCAAGGUGUUCUGCAGAGUGCGGGAAUGGUAUCCAGACAAGAUCAGUUGUGUGUUUGAUGAAUCACAUCAGCAGUUUACCUUUGGAAGGCUGCGGAAAUGAGAAGCCAGCAGACGUCCGGCCUUGUAACAUUGGUCCUUGCAAUGAGAAUUUUAGCUGGUUUACGGGGCCAUGGAGCCAGUGCUCGGCAGAUUGUAGUAAUGGAACACAACUCCGGAGUGUCGUCUGCCUGAAGAAGACUGAUGACAAAGUUACGGUGGUAGAAGAAGGUCAGUGCUCCCACCUGGAGAGACCAGCUUCAGAACAAAUCUGUCAUUUGAGGAAAUGUGACGUCAAAUGGUACACAACAGAGUGGAGUGCAUGCUCUAAAUCCUGUGAAGGUGGUUACCGGGUUCGGGAGGUUCGAUGCCUUGCUGAUGACAUGACGCAAAGCAACAAUUGUGAUUCCUUCCUAAUGCCAGUUGAUAGAGAAAUUUGCAACCCCGACCCAUGCAUACCAGAGAUAGAUGAAAAUUGCAGGGACAUGUACUUCAACUGUAAUGUUGUGGUCCAAGCCAGACUCUGUGUCUAUACAUACUACAAAACAGCGUGCUGUGCAUCCUGUGCCAAGGCUAGAAGAAGAGCUGCCCAGCUCAGAAGGAGAUAACUCCCCUCUUUCACCACCCAGACUCCCUCACAGAUCGUGAUGCAGUAACAUUAACCAUAGGAGCACUUGCAAACUCUACUGUGUUGACAACAUCAUAAUUGCAAAGAAAGAUGGUCAAAUUUAGUAUGAUGUGGCUAGUUUAUAAAGAAGAAAUAUACUGUAUAGUAUUAAUAUAAUCUUAUACCAUUAUCAUGCUGGUCUUUGGUCAAAAUACUGAUUUUUUUUGUUAAUUUACUGUUUUAGAUAUAUAAAAUGCAUUCUACAAGUGAAUGAAAUGUAUUCAUAAUAGGUUUUGAGAUCUUCCUUUGCAGAAGUAAAACCUCAGUGUAGAAAUUUGUCCUCCAUUGUUUGCAUUAACAUGCAGUGUAGUAAUGUAUUUGAAUUGAAUUUCUGUUUUGAAAUCCAGUCCCAUUGAAGUACUUGGGACAAAAUUUGAAAAAUGGGAUUCAAAGAGCAUUACUACAUCACACAGAACAGAAGAGGAUAAAUCUCAAGUUUCAGAAGGCUGGUUAGAGAAAGCAUACAUCACAUUUCAAUAACCUUUUCCUAUUCCUUGACCAAAUUUCUUCUUUAAUAUGGUUUUCAAUUCAAGGUUCAUUUGUAGGUUUGCUUUUAAUUUAACUGAUAAACAAUUUCUUCACAUCGUGUUAAUGCAGUAUCUUACAUCUAUUGACUAGAGAAUUAUCCCAUUAAAGCAACUUUUCCAACUCUAUGGAAUUAUACAGUAGAACCUGCUUUCUGCCCUUCCUUUAUGUACACAUUCCAUCUAUUAGCAUUUAACCAUAUCUGGAUGUUCAUCAGAAAUUUACUAACACGGGCUUUCAAUGUGAGCCAAUCAUAUCAGUUUGAAACAACAAUGGCAUUGUCAGCAUCAAUAUGGUCAGUUGGCAACAGAGCUAACAGGUGUUGGAACUAAACCUCCCAUUGUUUACUAAACCAGGCAAAAAAAAGUUUAAAGUCACCUGAUGGUUUCUUUGCUCGUAUUUCAGUGCAUUUAUUGAGUAGUCAAGAGUUGGGAGUAAAGAGUGAGAUAUAAAUUCCAAUGUUUUAUUUAAUUUAAACAAAUUUCCCCAAGAAUGUCAUACUUAGGACAGAGAAAGUUCCAUUUUCCUUAUCCUUAUGGUACUUUAUAUCCCACAGUUCAUUAGCCAUAAUUGUUCAUCUUUGCCAUAAAACCCAUGCCUCCAAGAGUCUCAAUGCUGUAAUUAAACUGUCAUCCCUCUGGCAAAUCCCCUACUGAAGCUCACCUCUCCAGUAAAUGAAUUCUUCAGCCAAAGCCCAUGUUACUAAUACAUUAGCGUUCCCAUUACACCAUUGGAUGGUAUUCUGAACAGUUGCAAUGUUGUACUUCUAUUUACCUUGCUUGACAAACUUUAUAUUUUUUUUAACUCACGCUACUUUGCAUUAAAUCUUAAGCAAGAGAUUAACAAAAAUAAACAACAUCCCUGGCAAGAGAUAAUAUAUUAGGGAAUAAAGAAGUGGCAGAGACAUUAAUCAAAUUCUUUAUGUCUGUCUUCACAGUUGGAGACUAAUCCAAAAAUCUUGGUGAUUCAAAUCUAGUAGUAAUAAAAUAGUACUAAAGAAAUAAAUGAAAUGAGUUUCUUGCAUCUGAUGGCCAAAAUGAUGGGCUUUAGAAGAGAUGUAGAUAUACAGAGUCAUAGAGUUGUACAGCACAGAGACAGGCCCUUCAGCCCACUACUUCAAUCUGACCUUUUUGCCCAAGAGAUUGGUUCUAUCUUCUAGAAUUCCCUAAACUUUGGAAUGAUUGCCACAGAUUGGAAGUAGCAUAAUCUCACUCAUCAUGAAAGACGGGAAAAAGAAACCAAAAAUUACAAUCCAGUAAGUGUGACGUAAGCAGUAAGGAGAACGCUCAAAUUUAUUAUUAGGGACAUGGUAACAGGACACUUCAAUCAUAAUACGAUUUCAGGGUCAAUGUGAAAAGUUAAUUGUAUUUGAUUCGUUUGUUAGAACUCUUUGAGUUUGUAAAUAAUAGGGGUUAAUAAAGGGGAAUCAGUGAAUGUGAUGUGUUUGGACUUUCAAAAUGCUUUGAAUAAUGUGCCACAUAAGAGAUUCUUACAAAAAAAUAGCUCUCAUGGAUUUGCAGAUAAUAUACAGCAUGGAUUGAGGAUUGGUUAACAGAUAGGAAACAUUAAACAGGUUGCCAGUGUGAAAUCUUGGUGUACUGCGAGGAUCACCAUCCUUACCUUCCAGCAACUUGGAUGAGAGGGGUGAAUUUAAUGUGACUGCAUUUGCUGACAAUGCAAAGGUGGAUGGGAAGGUAAGGAUGCACAAAGGCUGCAAAAGAAUCUUAGAGAGGUUAACUGAGUGGAAAUGGACAUGGCAAAAACAAUAUAAUGUUAGAGAAAUGUGAUGUUAACCACUUCCAAUGGGAACAGUCAGAUUCCUUUAUAAAAAAAAGGUGGAAGACUGGAUAAUAUUGACAUUCAGAUGCACCUGGUUCUAAAGGAAGUUAAAAUGCAGACACACCAAAUAGUCUGUUACUUUUAUUACAAAAGAAUACGAGU